AUGGUUGAUCCAACACCAAAAAACGUGAAAUCAGUGAAAAACCGACUAGACACUAUCAAUCAGAACGAAGGAUCCAGUAACAAAAAAACAUCUGGUAUAAACCCAGUUCAGUCCCAUUUUCUAGUUUCCUCGGAGAAGUUAGACAAAGUGACACGGCGUGUGAUCGCACCGUACGCUCAGAUAGAGAGGAAGGGCUUGAAAGAGGAUGAGGCUAAAGAGGGAACGUACUUGGACAUUAGCAGGUUUAACAUAUUCCUGGAGGAUACUGUGGAUCUUGAUUCAUUGCUGUAUGAGACUGCAAUGGUUCUUAAGACGAUCACGAAUAGUUCAGGCGUAUUUGUUUAUACCGUCGACAAUUUGAGAAAAGAGAUACUGUUGAUGACGCAAAACACCAAGAACCCCGAGCGCCAUGAGGUUAAUAUACCUAUAGAAGAAGGAAAAGUAGCAGCAGCACAUGUAGCAGCAACAAAACAGUACCUUCUGCUGGAAGAUGUGCAGAGAGAUCGGCGAUUCGCAGAGGGGCUAAAGUGGGUGGACGCUAAGGUGGCGCUCUGCAUGCCCGUGGUGAAACCUGACGGGGACUGCUAUGCGGUCCUGGAGCUGUACAGGACUUACAGUGAACCCUAUGACAAUAACGUAAUUUGCACAGCAGUGAGUAUAUCUUGCUGGGCCGGGGCGGCAGUGCAUCAAGCACAGGCUCGUGUCACACUGCAGAGGACCACCCACCUCAACAUGGAGCUGCGCGCCUUGCUUCAGAAGUACUUCUGCGACCUGGCCUCCAUCGAUACUAUGCUAACAGACAUGCUGGCAAUAAUAAAGUCGUUCAUCGGUGCGAUGCGCAGCAGCUUUUUCAUAAUUGAUCGCGAACAAAUAGACGGGCAGCUGCUGGCUGAUAUGUGGGACGACGGCUGGGCGUCCGAAAUGAGUUCUCUCCCCAGGAAAAAGGCAAAGAUUAACUUAACCUUAGAGGAGAGCCCGGCAGGCUUAGUGGCAAGAACAGGCGUGCCGAUCAAUGUGCGGGACGCAUACAAAGAUCCACGCUUUGCGAAGGAAAUCGAUCCUACCUCUGGGAUGGUUGUGAGAGCUUCUUUAGUGUCUCCUAUCAUAGAUAAGAAUGGAGUAAUAGGUGUGGUCCAGUUAAUGAACAAAAACGACGGUCGGCCGUUCGACGCGGACGACGAGACGGUCUUCGAGGUGUUCGUCAACUACUGCUCGCUCAUUGUGCACUUCUACCAGAUGCAACAAAAGAAACUAUAUCACGAGAACUUGAACAAAGUGUUUUCGGAACUGAUGGGGCUGCACCUGAAGCCCUGCCAACACGACAUGGCCGAGCUGAUGGAGACCUGCAGCGUUGUCAUCCCACCGCCUAACUUUAGAAGUUUCGAUUUUUAUAUUGGCGAAGACAACAAGGAAGACAUGCCGGGCCUGGUCUGCCUCAUGUAUACUGAGACCUUCGCACACACAAACUUCGACCGGCACCGGCUCGCCGAUUUUGUGCUGACCGUCCUCAGCUGCUACCGAGACAAUCCUUACCACAACGCUGAACAUGCCUUCAACUUUACCCACACCAUGUACGUCAUAUUGAAGAACAACUGCGGCUUCUUUAGCUUUAUCGAGACGGCUGGUCUGAUGUUGGCAGGGCUCUGCCAUGACCUGGAUCAUCCAGGCUUCAACAACAACUUUCUAAAACUCUGCAAGCAUCCUCUGUCACAAAUGUAUAAAUCGUCGCAGUUGGAAAACCACCAUUAUUUUCUAGCAAAGAAAAUCAUUGAGGACAAGCGGCUGAUGUCGCGGCUGGCGGCGGGCGAGCGCGCGCGGCUGCUGCGCGAGGUGCGCGCCGCCAUCCUGUGCACGGACCUGGCCGCCUACUUCGCGGCGCGCGCGCAGCUCGCCCGCCUCGUGACCGACCGCGCCUUCCGCUGGCAGGAGCCGGACCACCGCGCGCUGCUCAAGGGUAUUCUAAUGACAACGAGCGACUUAUCAGGUUGUUGCAAGCCGUUCGGAAUCGCCAAGGCAAUCACCGAGUCUAUCUAUGAGGAAUUUUAUAAUCAGGGUGAUCGAGAGCGUAUCAUGGGUUACACCCCUCUGAGCAUGAUGGACAGAAAGCGUCGCAUCAAUCAGCCGGCGGAACAGAUCCAGUUCCUGUCGGUCGUGGUGCUGCCCUGCUUGAUGCUGCUCAGCAACAUCUUCCCAAACACCAGCCCACUCAUAGAUAACUGCAGGAAAACUCAAGAGGGUUGGCAUGAGGAGAUAGAAAUGCGAGGGAUGAAGCUGUGGAGACAAGAGGAAUCCUUACCUGCAAGCAGAAGCCGCGCCUUGCUCAAUUCCAAUUCCAAAUCGGGAGAAAUUAGUUGA